CUUUUGUUUUGGAACAGUGUGCUGUUAAGCGACAUCAACAUCCCUAGCGUCUAUAACUAUUUUUUUUUUAUAGUGAACCAUCCGAAUUCGCAUGUCUGCUAUUUAGGCAACGAUUCCAUUCCGGUGGUGGCCCAUGCGAGUGGCAUAAAAUGGAAGAAAUGUGUAAGAAUGUGAAAUCCGCCUCCCUUGGAUCAGUAGCUGGUGCUGGAGGAGUAGCAGCAGUUGCAAAUAUUGCUUCCGUUGUCUCCCAGGAGACUGAGGUCUUCACUGCCCCCGCCCUUGUGCAUCAGCAUAAUGGCAAGGGAGUGCACUUCAAGCUGGCGCCCCCCACAGUCCCAUCCACGGCCGCGGAGCCUGUGGAGGAGCUACUCGGGUCUGUCAUCACACACAAUUGCCCCGGGACGCGUGCCAGUGCCCGGGUGAUACAGAAAAUGAAGCAAGACCAGACCCGCCCAAUGACGCCACCGCCCCCUGAAAAGGAGCACACCAAGAAGGAGGAGAAGCCCACCCAGAAGACACCAUCCCAGAUAAGGACAGGCAAUGGUCGGACGUCCUGGACGAAUGUCGAACGGAAUUGCUUCUUUGAUGCGUUGAACGAGUUUGGCAAGGACUUUGAGGCGGUGGCCAACUGCAUCAAUGCGAAGCUAAAGCGCCGCAAUGCCAACAGCGAAUACAGCUUCAAGACUAAGGAUCAAGUGCGCCAACACUACUAUCAGACCUAUCACAAAAUCUGCAAAUAUGUGAGGUACUCGGAUGAGCUGAAGAAGCUCGCCCAGGAACUGUAUACACUGAUCAACUAUGGCGAAAUGCGUCGCAAGCUACAGUUCCUCACCGAAAAGCAUUUCAUGAAGCUGAAGCCGCUCAUCUACCAGGGCCAGAUCACGAUCCGCUGCAAGGGCAAAAACAUACGCAUUAAGACGCCCUCCUGCAAGGCUCUGCGUCGUCUCAAUCAGCUCGAUGACUCGCUGGAAGACAUACGCCUGCCCAGCAAGGUGGAGGUGCUGCUGAGUCCAGCCAACAUGGAGACCUUUGGCCGGGUCCAAUCGUUGGCUCAGAAUCCCAGAGGUCGCAUCAUUGUGCCGCUGCACAAGAAGCUUCUGAGUUUCAUCAAGAUAUUUGAGUACAAAUGGCGCAGUUCCACACAGCGACUGAACGAGCAGAAGUCUUCUCUGUAUCCCAACAUCUCGGCCACUGCCAGCAACACCACCACCGCCGCCAGCACCCCCACACCCAGCACCAACAACGAACCAGAGCAACCACAGCAGCAGCCACCGGCGGCACCCGUGGAGCCAUCACUAUGCUUCCAGCCCAAACCGGGUGUGGCCAUCCAUCGGCCCUUGCUGAAUAUCACUGCCCACCUGAACAGCAUAGACAUCUGCCUGACCGCCUACGAGGAGCGUAUCGGCGUUAAAGUGCGCAGCGAGACCCUGGGCAAUAGUGCGGCGGUGGCGGUGGCCGCGAGCAAGCGACCACGCACCGAGAGCGGAUCAGAGAAGCGUUCACCUGAGGCCAAGAAGCCUAAGACCGGAGCCAGUCCAGUUCUUGAGAAGUCCCUGGACGAGGCGGUUGUGGCCCCCGAGAACAACAAUGUGAAGCUGGAAACUGUAAAGCUGGAAGAUGUGAAAAUGGAAGUUGUGAAGCUGGAGGUGUGCAGCGGCGAUGAGCUGGUCGAGGACACGAAGGAGUUCCUUCCUUCCGGUGAAGCGGCAAUCAUCACCUCAGCUGUGGCCCCAGCACCACCGCCACCACCAACAUCAAUACUGCUGCCGCAGCCGCCAGCUACAGUGCCAGCUUCAGCACCGGUUCUGCCAGUACCAGUGCCAGUGGCAGUGGCAGUGCCCACACCGCCAGUGGCUCGCUCCAAGCGCAAAGAGGCAAAAGAGGCGGCUGCAGCCGCUGCUGCCCGAAACUUUAAGCCGCUGCUGAGCGAUAACAUUAUCAAACGGAUGCGCCGAGGCUGGACCGUGUCGAAUGCGGCGGAUAUAACCAUUGGGGAUUUGUAUGUGGUGCUGGGACAGGAUUCCAAGGUGGAGCUGGAGUAUUACUGGUGCGAGACAGAGAUAGUGUCCCACUCGCACUCCUCCUCUGUGCCGGCGACCACGACCACAUCAACCACAUCGGCCACGUCGCUUCCAUACAAUACCAAUGACUGUGAUAGCGUGGAACGCGUCAAGGCCGUGACCACAUCGACGGUAAGCAAUAAGCUGAAGCAUCUCCUGCUCGUGGCCAAUCUCAGUGAGCGUGUGCGCAAGCGUCAGUGCAACUGUGGCCAUACCUGCGAUCGCAAGCGAGACCUGAUGAACAAGGCCCAGCAAUUGGCGGGAGCCAACGAAGCUGCCGCCGCCGGCGAGGGCACUUUCCGUACACCCAUGCUGCCGGUCCGACGUCCCAUAGCCCAUUUCGUUGAUCCAGUGCGUCAGCUAUCGGCGCUCACGCGCCAGAAGCUCAACCGGCAGGUUCUGGUGCAUCGACGGCUCCUCCUGCCCGGCUCAGGGGUUGGCGGGCCCGGUCGUCCCUACGACCAGCUGAGUGUGCGUCAGCUGCACAACGGACUCUUCGAGCCGAUUGAGCGUGCUGGGCUUACGACUGGCAUCCCCAUGUCAUCCAGAUUCAGCGGGGAGGAGCAGCGUCAUCAGCACACUGAGACAGACUCCAUACAGGCCAUGGAUGCUGGAGCCAGCCGCGGACCAGCGAGAGAUAUGCCAAAUUUGGAUAUUGUUCCGCCAUCAGCAAUUGCAGACACGCUGCCAGAGGCAGCUCAAGAUGAGAGCACAACACAAAACUUCUUUCGUGGCAGCAUGAGCCCGAUGCAUUUGCUGCGGGAUUCCACCUCGAAUGCGCGCUGGCUGGAGGAAAACAUCAAUGACUUCUCGCUGACCUCACUGCUUGGUCAUUUAGAUGAGAUAGAUGCCACCAGGGACAUAAUAGACCCCUCCUCGAGCAUGUCCGUGAUCAGCGAGAGCAGCGUGGACUUUCGUCACAAGUUCCAGGAGAUUGCCGCACUGCUGCAGCAGCAGGAGAAGGAUUAGCAGCGGCCGCAGAAGUACCCGAGUGUGCCUCCAACUUUUUUCCAUUUACGCAUAAAACGAAAAUAAUUUUUUUUUUUAAAUACUGAUAUUAUUAUUCCUUUGCUUCAUAUUUUAUGAAUUAACAUUAAUGGGUUUUUUUUUUGUAACGAUACUUUUUGUGAUGAUAUAUCGUAUAUGUAUAUAUAUAUAUGUAUAUAUUUGUAUGGAUACAUGUUUAUAAUUAUUUAUGUGUACUCGUACAAUAUCUAUUCUCAUUUUAUUUCUGCCAAGUAUUACACGCAAGCACUCACAUUGUUCUGUAACAUUUAUAUUUUAUUUAUUUUAUUACAUAACAUUAACCGUAUGUAUCGAACGACACGACAAAAGAGUAAAACAACAACAUUCAUAUUUUGUAAUUUA